GGAAACUUUAUAGGUCAUGUUACAGAACUGGUGGUCUUUUCAACUGAUACGAUUGACCUUGAGCUCACCAGCAUGCCUUUAAGAUUUCAUCAUGUAAUUUCUCGAAACUCCCUAUCCCAUAUAAAUAAACCACCAACCAGCAUAUAAAGUGUUCUCAUAUCCUCUUUCAAAUGCCAAAGGCUAGCAUAUUUCCCUCUUUACUACACAUUGACGACUUUUGGAGCCAAAACGUCUAUUUUCACGGAAGCUUUUCAAGUCAGUAAUCUUAUCCGCUGCUGUUGGUGGUGCCGUUAUAAGUAUUGUUUACUGGUGGUUCAAGUCAAGGCGUUCCGUGAAGCACUCACCAGUUGAUUCAGAGGUUUGUGAUAUAGAUGACCCUACAGCGCUUGGAAUACAUUCCAUUGAUUUUUAUUCGCAGACGAAGUAUUCCAGCAACCGAAGUGCAGGAUCUGUUCUUUCUAGAACUUCAACUAUCAGUGGAAAACGGACAGCAGUUUUAAGUGCAAGGAGACCUUCACAGUCUUAUGCAGGAAAUGACUCGGAUAUAGACGACAGCUCUUCUUCGGCAUUGGAUUACCGAAGACUAGGUCUACGUGCGUUGGCUGGUGUUGUUGAACACCUUGAGUCACUUAUGUCUAAAGUCAGAGUUCUUGAAGAGAAAGGUUUAUCCAUCGCAUCCUCUGAUUCUGAACAGUUGAUCAAUGACCUGCGUCUUCUUUUAGAGCAUGCUUAUCGCUUACGUGAACAGUAUAAACAGCAGUUGGUGCUUCACGAUGGCAGUUACCGUCAAGGAUCACUGGAGUCUUUGGUAACUUCUCAGGAGGACACAUCUUCAUACUUCUCUGCUUCUGAACAAUUAGACUUAACAGAGCUGGAACUACUGAUGCAGUUUAACGUACGAAGGCCUCUUUACUAUAAUGCUCUUAAGUUGCUCAAUGAAGGUGAAGUUCCAUAUCGUGCUCUUAGAACACAAUUUGUUGGUUGUGAACUUGAUAUUGAAUACUUGGGCAAAGUUCAUUGCCUUCGUCAAGCAUUUGAUUACAUUUUUAGUCAUCCUGAGUCUACUGAAUGGAUUAUCAAAAUUGGAAAACUUAAUGUAUGUCGUCUACUACACUGUCUUGGUUAUCCAACUACGGAUUUUGAGGAAGCCUAUGAGCGUCUUAUGGAUUUCAUUAGAACAAAUCGUAAUCAAUCAAAUAAUAUAAUGUAUGAAGAAUUAUAUGCUAAAGGUGUAAAAGUUAUUAACUUCUAUGAUAUAGUAAUUGAUAUGAUGUUAUUAGAAGGAUUUCAAUUAUUAUCUAAUCCACCACAAUCAAUAUUAUCUGUUACUCGACAUAAAUGGUUAAGUGAUAAUUUUAAACGUUGUGCAUUAGAUUCAACUGUAUGGACUAUCCUUUUAACAAAGCGUAAAAUGUUAAAAUAUCCAAAUGGUUUUUAUGCUUAUUAUUAUAGUAUGAUUGGAACAUUAUUACCUGGUUUAGCAUGGGGUUAUUUAGGAUCAAAUGAAGCCUAUUUUAAUCUAUGUGAUCAUUUUCGUGAAAUUAUCUUAUCAUUUAUACGUGAAUUAUUUAUCUCUUAUGAUGAUUCAAAUCAAUGUUCAUUCAUCUGUACUAAUGGAAAACAAUAUGAUAUUGAUGAAGAUCAUCAUAAAGUCAAUAGUUGUCUAGUUAAUUAUUCUUUAAAUAAAGAAGUGGCAAACUCUACAAUCUCUUCAAAUAAUCAAGAUAAUAAUAAUAAUAUUGAUGAUACACUAUCAGAAUCUGGACCAACAUUAGUAUAUAAAAUGGAUGAGUUAGAUAAUCAAUUAAUUAAUUAUCGACAAAAAAUUGGUUUACGUUAUACAACAAUUAAUGAAUUAAGCAAUGAUUUAUACCAAUUAAUUAAUAUUUAUUCUCAACAAUUAUUAAAUAUAUUUUUAAAUGAAUCACAAUUAUGUAAUAAUCCUUUAACUAAUGAAUUGAAUACAAAUCCUAUUCAACCUGGAUUAGACUUAAAUUGUGUUCUAUAGUCAAUCCAAUAAAUGUCAUACCUUCAGUAUUGUUCACCCUUCCUCUAUUAUUAUUAUUAUUACUACUAUUAUUAUUAUUAUUAUUCAUAAUUAAGUCUACUUUGUAUAUAUACCUACAAAAUGUUUGUAUUAUAUUGUAGUGAAUUUGUAUAAAUUGUUAAGGAUUCCUUUAAAUAAAUAAAAAUUUACUUUGUUUC